AUGACCUGUGUGGAUGUGAUGUUCCAGCCGUUUCCCUCGGCCUUCCCGGCCUACCCCCGGGCCGCGUGCUCAGCGGAUUUCACCCAUGGCCAGAGUUUGUCCAGAAUGCAGGAGCCUCUCGACCUCGGGUCCACCACCUCGUCCCUGUCGUUGUCAACAUUAUCCUACCCAGCAUCAUCGCUGCUGACCCCAGCCUCCUCGGGUCCUCCAUCCGGUCCCCUCCUGUCCUCCUCCAACCCCUCCUCCCCCUCCUCACCCACCCCGACCCACGUGAAGGAGACCAAAGACGGGGAGCCCCGCGGUGCCCAGUACCUGGCCAACAACUGCCUUCUGCUGACCUACGUCAGUGGUGAUGCCUCCACGCUCGUGGACGACCACUUCACACGUGCACUUAAUCAGACCAGCGGAUAUGACUCAUCGGACGGACACUCUGGUACCAGGACUAAGUCGGCGCCACAUAAAGCGCCGACGCCCAUGUCCGCGAGAAACCUGCCCCCCUCCUUCUGGAACAGCUCCUACCAGCCCCAGCCCCACCCCCACCAUUUUCUCAGCCAGACAAGUCAUCACCAUGGCAACCAGCACCCUGGCACCAGCGGGGACGUCAACCCCUUCCACCCCGCCCACCCCUACCUGUCCCCGGCCCUGCACGGGCUGUCCAACCUCCAGCCCGACCCCUGGGGCUACAGCUUCCCAUCGUCCGGCCCGGCCAUGCCCUACCCACACAGACCAGUACCCUACGAUUUGAGUUACCCGACGUCAAGUAGGUUCAGCCAGAACUACAGCAGCUUCCUCGUGCAGCCCUCGCCCAUGCGCUCAGCCCAGUUCUCCGGCGUAGGCUCACACUGUGACGUCACGAAGGCCGCUGACCAUUCCAGAAGCCGUUACGGCGACCACCGGUUGAGCUCGGACUACGCCUCACACCACGGCACUUUCUCUGCCAUCGACGCCGCGGGCUUGCAGGAGGCCACCAAGGAUCUCUAUUGGUUCUGAAGCCUGGACCGACGUCACGCUCCGGCCCGCCCCCCGGG